AUGUAUUUCUUUUCCUCUCUUGUUCUCGCGGCUGCUACCGCGUCGGCGGUGGUGGUCAACGUGCCGCCGACUUGUCGGUGUCUGCCAUCUCAGCCGUGCUGGCCCUCUGAUCAGACAUGGCAGGCCCUGAAUGAAUCCGUCUCGGGCCGUCUCAUCACGGUCCGACCAGUUGGCUGGCCAUGUCACGAUCCUACGCUGGACUCCGCCCUAUGUGAUGAGCGGAAGGCACUCAGCACCAAUUCCUCCUGGCGUCGAGAACAGCCUGGCGCACUGCAGUACCAGAACUGGGAGGCCCUGCCGUCGGCGAACGAGAGUUGUUCCUUGCAGACUCCGAGCUCGGUGCCGUGUGGUCAGGGAAGAGUACCUGUGUAUUCUGUUGUCGCGGAGACAGUCGAGGAUAUACAACAAGCGGUGCGAUUUGCACGAGACCAGAACUUGCGUCUGAUGGUCAAGAACACGGGCCAUGAUUUUCUAGGCCGGUCGGGAGCGCCGCAUUCUCUGCAGAUUGCAACUUUCAAGAUGCGCGGGAUUUCGUUUAGCGAUGACUUUGUGCCUAAAGGGGCCCCAGGGGGUCACGGUCUCGGAUCGACAGUGACGGCUGAAGCGGGUGCCAUUCUAGACGAGAUCUACCCGGCCGUGAAGGAAGAGGGCAAGGUGGCAGUGCUCGGAGCGGCGCAUACAGUCGGUGCUGCUGGGGGGUAUAUUCAGGGAGGUGGACAUUCGCCUAUUGGGUCCUGGAAAGGCAUGGCAUCUGACAAUGCGGUGGAAUUCGAGGUGGUCACUGCAGAUGGCAAUCUGGUCACGGCCAACCAGUAUCAACACCAAGAACUGUUCUGGGCUUUGCGUGGCGGUGGUGGAGGAACGUUUGGAGUCGUUACCAAAGUCACUUUGCGGACCUUUGACGAGGUGCCCACGGUGGCUGUGAAUGUGACCAUUUCCAUGCCUUGGAGUCCGAACUCCAGCUACUGGCAGGCCCUGGCGGUAUUUAGCUCACGUAUCCCGACUAUCAAUGACGAGAAUUGCGCAGGAUAUUUCUUCCUGCUACCGAAGCUUCCCUGGGAGAAUUACACCAUCUCCGUGCUCCAGAUGGAUACUUUGUGCAUGGAUCAAUCGGCUGACAAAGUUGACAAGCUCUUUGACUCUGUCCUCGCGCCCAUCCGCGCUCUGUCUGAUGUUACAGUCGCCUAUAACUCGACCUUGUACCCUACCACCAACAUGGCUCUAGAUGGUACGCUCAGGCUGGGGAGUAACUACGAUCGGACCGGUGGUCCAUCCAUCAUGGGCUCCCGUCUGAUCUCCCGUGACUUGCUCCAGUCAUCCAACGGAGGACGUGAUGUUGCUCGGACGAUUUCUCAACUGCAGACGAGCGGUGGAGAAAUGAUUCUAGCCCACUUCGUGGCUGGAGGACAGGUCACUAGAAAUGCGGACGUGGAGAGCGGAUUGAACCCGAUCUGGAGAAAGGCGGCCUUGAAUGUGAUUUGGACACGCUCCUGGCUUUCUGGCGCCUCGGCCGGCGAGAUUCACGCCGUGGAAGAACAAGUCAUCCGGGAGGUUGACAAGUUCAGAUCUCUCGAGCCAGACAUGGGGGCGUACCUCAACGAGGCAAAUCCCAACGAAGUGGAUUUCCAAAAGUCUUUCUGGGGAGAGAACUAUGCGCGAUUGUAUGACAUCAAGCAGAAGGUAGACGCUCGGGGGUUGUUUAUUGCCCGCAAAGGAGUCGGAAGUGAAGAUUGGGAUGACCAAGGUCUCUGCCGACGAGCAGUUUGA